UGUCAUGUUGAUUUACCCGAGUUGUAUAUUUUUGAAAUUUUAUGAAAUUGAUAAUAGGCAUCGUCGUUAGAACUUAGAGGAAAUACCAAAUAAAAUAUUAACUGAUGAUCAUAGGAUGCAAGGCUGAGGCCGCCUGAACUUCUGAAGGCAUAACAAUUUACAAGGGUCAAGGAGGAAUGUGUUGUUUUAUCAAUACAUCUUUUUAAGUUUUUAUGCAUAACUUAAAACGUAGAAAGUUGGAAAGAUUUCUGUACGGCUAACCGCACUACACUAAGUAAUUCGCACUUGAUGGUAUGAUAACCUUUAGGGUUAUAUGGUUUGUUCUAUGCUUAUAAUUGUGCAGUGCCGAAUUAAUAAAUAAAUAGCAAGACGUUUUAAAUUUCAUAAAACUUAUAGAUUAUAUAUUUUUUAUUACCGAGUCAAUCUUAUAAUGAAGAAGUUAAUGUUAAUAAUAUUCCUUUGUAUUUCUGUUAUACAUACAAAGAAAUAUACUGGUGAAGAAAAACCAGACUGGGCAAAGAAAGACAUCAGAGAUUUUAGUGAUGCUGAUAUGCAAAGGCUCUAUGAUCAAUGGGAAGAAGAUGAAGAAGAAUUACCAGAAGAUGAGCUUCCUGAGCAUUUACGCAAGCGUCCAAGCCUAGAUUUAACUAAACUUGACAUGUCCAACCCAGAAGCUGUCUUACAACAAACUAAGAAGGGUCAGACAUUAAUGAUGUUUGUGACUGUAGCCAAUAAGCCAUCGCGAGCAAGAACUGAAGAAUUAACUAAAAUUUGGCAAACAGGUCUUUGGAGUAAUCACAUUCAAACUGAAAGGUAUUUAGUGGAUGAUGAUAGAGCUAUAUUUAUGUUCAAAGAUGGAUCUCAAGCCUGGACAGCAAAAGAAUAUCUUUUAGAGCAAAAUGAGUUAAAAGAUGUUCAGUUGGAAAGUCAUGUUUACAAUGGCAAAAAUCCUGAUGUAAAAAAUACAGCAAUUCGAGAUGAACUAUAGAUUAACAUAAAUAACUUUAAGUUAAAAUAUUUUUUUAUUAUCAUAUGCAGUUAUCGAAUAAUAAUUUAUAAAGAAAUGGUAAAUAAAAAACAAAUAUUAUUUUAAAUGAGUGCUGAACAUUUGAAUUGUAACACCUCUGGACUCUGGUGCAGUCGGUAAUUUUAAUCACACAAUAAUAUAUUCUAGGCAUAUGAUACUAUAUUUACAUUACAAACAUUCAAAUCUUCAUUAUUAAAAAAACUUGUAAUCAUGAUGUAUCUAGCCGUAAAUAAUUUAUCAUACACAACCAUUCGCAUUUUU